AUGGUUAACAAAAAGGAGUAUAAGGGAUGGUUAGAGUAUAGUUCAAAAUCGGAUCGUGUGUUUUGGUUAUGUUGCUGCUUGUUUAGGGGCCAAUUUGGAGAUCAUAGAGAAACAUUUGUGUCCGAGGGGUAUAACAAUUGGAAAAAAAAAGUGCAUGAGGUACUUGAAAAAUAUGUUGGCAUAGUUAAUAGCGUCCACAAUAAAUGUUUCCAAGGGUGUGUCGAUUUACUUAAUGAAAAUCAAGCCGUACACACACGAUGGGACAAAAAGACCCCUAAGGAGAAACAUGAAUACCGACUUAGAGUAAGUGCUUCUACUAUGCUUGGAAAAAGGUUGUGGAAUGGCGGAUUGGCGUUUCAUGGCCAUGAUAAAUCAAAAGAUUCCUUAAAUAAAGGAAAUUUCUUAGAGAUUCUAGAACUAAUGGGUGAAAUGAAUGAAGAGCUUGGUAAGGUUAUAUUCGAGAAUGCACCCACAAAUAACCAAAUGACACGUCCUAAAAUUCAAGCGGACAUUAGACAUUGUGAUGCUCAAGAGUUGAUGAAUCAUGUGGCGUAUCCAAAAAAGUACAAAUGGCGGUUGUUAUUCAUUAUGUUGAUUAAGUUGGGAUUGUUAAGGACAUUUUAUUGGGCUUGUUCAUGUCAAGGAACAAUCGCAUUAACACUCAAAUCGGCUAUUGAUGAUAUAUUUGCACGUUAUGGGUUGAGUUUGAAAAGGUUUAGAGACCAAGGUUAUGACGGGGCAAGUAACAUGUCGGGUGAGUUUAAUGGCUUAAGGGCUCUAAUUUUAAAGGAAAAUUUCCAAGCUUUCUAUAUUCAUUUUUUUGCACGCCAACUUCAACCAGUUGUUCUGGCGGUUACUCACAAACACACACCUAUUUGGAAAGUUUUUGAAACGAUAACUAGUUUAACAAAUGUCUUUUGUGCAUCUUCCAAACGAAAAGAUAUGCCUCGUGAAAGCCAAAAAAGUAAAUUGGAAAACAUGGAAAACAUCCUUUGUACUGGAUUUGGGUUGAAUCACGAAAUGACACUUUCAAGGACCUGA